AUGAUUGUUCGUGAUUCCGAUAUCGAUUUAUUAACCCAAACCUGUGGUCAAGAACUUAGGGUUUUGAAGCUUGAUUUGUGCUCAGGGUUUUCAACAGACGGAUUACUCCAAAUCGGUAAGCGGUGUAACAAUUUGAGAAUUAUGUAUCUACAAGAGAGCUUAAUCAUCGAAAAGGACGGUGAAUCGUUACAUGAGCUAGCUUUGCGUAACACGGCCAUCGAGUCGUUAAACUUCUACAUGACAAAUCUGGUUAAGUUCAAUUUAAAAGAUCUAGAACUCAUCAAAAAAAACUACAUCGAAUCUUACAAGAAUCUGGCGGUGGCGCUUUCCUUGUUUAGGACUGUGAAACGAUUAGGGAUACCUGAUGAGAGGAUCAUUCUUUUGUUAGCAGAUGACAUGGCUUGCAAUUCCCGAAACAAAUACCCUGCACAAGUUUUCAACAAUGAAAACCAUAGGCUUAACUUGUAUGGAGAUAAUGUUGAGGUGGACUAUCGAGGCUAUGAAGUGAUAGUUAAGAACUUUUUGAGAGUUUUAACAGGUCGCCAUGAAAAUGUUGUUCCAAGAUCCAAACGACUUUUAAGUGAUGAAGGAAGCCAUAUACUGCUAUACAUGGCAGGAUAUGGAGGAGAUGAGUUUCUUAAAUUUCAAGACUUUGAUGAACUUCAGAGUAAUGAUUUGGAUGAUGCAGUCAAACAGAUGAAAGAAAAGCGUAUGUUCAAGGAACUAUUGAUUAUGGUAGAUACAUGUCAAGCUGCUACCCUCUUUUCCCAGCUCCAUUCACCUGGUGUUUUGGCUAUUGGGAGCAGCAUGAAAGGGGAAAAAUCAUAUUCACAUCACUUAGAUUCUGAUGUUGGUGUCUCUGUUGUGGAUCGAUUCACAUUUUAUACGUUAACUUUCUUUGAGAGGCUCAAUAUGUAUGACAAUGCAUCAUUAAUCAGUCUGUUUGGCUCAUUUAAUCCAAAUUUAUUAUUUUCAACUGCAUAUUAUCGAACAGAUUUAUACCAACAAGAAUUGGAGAAGCAUGUUAGCGGCUUAUUAUUCUUGAAGUUGAUUGUAUGGAACUAUAGAUUAUGGUGCUCUCCUUUAUCAUUGUGGAUUUUACAAGGAAUCCUUGAAAUACCUACACUUAUAUCAGGAUUCAUAGCCACUUGA